AUGAACCCGUCUCUCUUUGGCGUGCAUACCCCCGCGCGCUGCAGGAACUCGAUCAACAUGCUCGACAAGCUCAAACUCGAGCUCGUGCCGGCCGCUGGUGACAAGCUCGUGCUCAAGCUCUCUCCUCCGCCGCCGCCGCUUGCUGACAAGCAGGCGUGCUUGCGCGCACGUGACAAUGCGCUCCCACCUGCAAGACCUAAUCCUCCGGCCUUCUGGGCGUGCGGCAUCAAGUCCGCCGCCGCCGAGGAGUCCGCCGCCAAGUCCGCCGCCGCCGAGGAGGACGCCGAGUCGGCCACCGCGGAGGCGACCGCCGAGGAGGCCGCCACCAAGAAGGCGACCACCGAGGAGGCAGCCGCCAAGUCCGCCACCGAGGGGGAGUCCGAGGAGGCAGCCACCGAGGAGUCCGCCGCCGAGGAGUCCGCCACUGAGGAGGCCGUCGUCGCCGAGGAGUCCGCCACCAAGUCUGCCGCCGCCGAGAAGUCCGCCACCAAGUCCGCCGCCGCCGAGGAGUCCGCCGCCAAGUCCGCCGCCGCCGAGAAGUCCGCCGCCAAGUCCGCCGCCGCCGAGGAGGCCGCCGCCAAGUCUGCCGCCGCCGAGGAGUCCGCCACCAAGUCCGCCGCCGCCGAGGAGUCCGCCACCAAGUCUGCCGCCGCCGAGAAGUCCGCCACCAAGUCCGCCGCCGCCGAGGAGUCCGCCGCCAAGUCCGCCGCCGCCGAGAAGUCCGCCGCCAAGUCCGCCGCCGCCGAGGAGGCCGCCGCCAAGUCCGCCGCCGCCGAGGAGUCCGCCACCAAGUCCGCCGCCGCCGAGGAGUCCGCUACCAA